AUGCCCCUCGUUUCCCCCCUUUGUACGUUCAGCCUCUUCCCUCCCUGCCCCUCCCCUCCUCCCCCCCUGCCCUUUGCGUUCCCCUCGUUACGCUCCCUUCUCCCCAUCCCUGCUGCCCUCUUGCCACCAUCAGCCCAUCCGCACCACCAGCCCCCCUCCCACCCUUCUCUCCCCCCCUCCCUUUCCCUCUCUCUCUCUCUCUCUCUCUCUCUCUCUCUCUCUUCUUCUCACACACACACGCACACUCCCCUCCCCCACCCCCCACCCACAUCCUCCCAUUCCGCCCCUCCCUGCCCCUUUCCCACGCCCCUCGCACGCCCCUCACCUCCCACCUCCGUGCAACUGGUUUCCCCCCUAUGGUGCCUCCCUUGCAUCGCUCGCCCCUCUGCUCACCCUCUGCCCGCCCCUUUUCCGUGCCCUCAGCUGGCCCAGCCCCUGCCCGUUGCUGCCCCUCCCGUUGCCCGCUCAACUCCCCUGCUCCCCGUACACCCCAGUCCCAUCCAACCGCCCCCACCCUCCCCCGGCUGCCCGUUUCCGCUCUCCACCCCCGCGACCGUGUGCGGCUUCCAACCGCCCAACGGUGGUGCGCACGGGGCGUUUCUUCGCACGGGCAAGCCUCCCCGGGGGGCCCCCACCCCGCUGAGUCGUUGUUCGGGUCACACCCCCUGCCCCCUCAUGCCAUCCGCUCCCCCCGCCCCCACCCUCCGCGUGCCCGCUCCCUUGCCGCCUCUUUUGACCCUCCCUGCCCCCCUCGCCGUUUCCCACCACCCGCCAUUCGCUCCUCCCCGCCCGUGCGCUCCCCUCGUUUACCUUCUCCUCCCCCCUCCCCUCCUCUGCUGCACGCCUCUUCCUUCCCCUCGCCGACCCACUCCACUCCCUGCCCCUCCUCAAUCCGCACCCUGCCCCUCGUAUCUCGCCCCCCUAUGCUUGCUUCUCCCCUCCCUGCCCCUCCCUCCUCCCUGCCCUGCCCCUCAUUUUCCGCCCCCCCACGCCCGGUUUCUCCCCUCCCCGCGCCUCCCUUUCUUUCUCCGUGCCUCUCCUUUGCUCCCUCCCUGCCCCCGCCUGCCCUAUGCCCCUGUCUUUGGCUUCUCCCCUCCCUGCCCCACGUUUCUUCCCUCCCUGCCCCCCCUCUUCCCCUCCCUUGUUUUCCCCUCACCCAUUGCUUCUCCCCUCCCUGCCCUUGAUUUCCCGCACCCCUGCCCUUGUUUCCUACCAUCCAUGCCCCUCGUUUCCCCCCUUUGUACGUUCAGCCUCUUCCCUCCCUGCCCCUCCCCUCCUCCCCCCCUGCCCUUUGCGUUCCCCUCUCCUCCCAUUCCUGCCCCUCCCUGCCCCUUUCCCACGCCCUCGCACGCCCCUCACCUCCCACCUCCGUGCAACUGGUUUCCCCCCUAUGGUGCCUCCCUUGCAUCGCUCGCCCCUCUGCUCACCCUCUGCCCGCCCCUUUUCCGUGCCCUCAGCUGGCCCAGCCCCUGCCCGUUGCUGCCCCUCCCCGUUGCCCGCUCAACUCCCCUGCUCCCCGUACACCCCAGUCCCAUCCAACCGCCCCCACCCUCCCCCGGCUGCCCGUUUCCGCUCUCCACCCCCGCGACCGUGUGCGGCUUCCAACCGCCCAACGGUGGUGCGCACGGGGCGUUUCUUCGCACGGGCAAGCCUCCCCGGGGGGCCCCCACCCCGCUGAGUCGUUGUUCGGGGUAA